CGCGCAAGAUGGAGGAGUACGGAGAGCUCGUCGUGCUCGGCUACAGCAGCUACCGCGUCGCUGGCAAGGACGACCCGUCGCCGCACAGCGCCAAGUGGCAGCCCGUGGGGUCGCCCAACUGCCACUUUCGCCUCGCGCCGAAAAAGUCAGGCAACGGCCUCACGCGCCGCCGCGCGUUCCUCGCCACCGGCCUCGGCGAGAAGGCGUCGUCCGCCGACGCAGCAAAGGCGCAGCUGCACGCGCCAUCGAGCCAAUUCGUGACGAUUCCACUCUCAUUGAGCACGAUGGCCAUGGUCGAGUACGUGCCCGAUGCGAGCCUGGAUAUGUACCAGAUUGGCCGCCAGCCCUCGCGCUACAACGACUUUAGCGUCCCCGGACCGCUCUACGGCGCGUCUGGUACGAUCUCGCGAUUCGCGGCGCGCCUUAUGUGCGAGCGGAACGCGCCGUAUCGGUGCCGCCUCUAUGCGGGUGGCUUUGACGCGUCGCACACGGCCGCGGUGCCAGCGUCGGCGCUCAAGUACUGCGCGGCCUGCAGCACGUGGAGCAAGACACUUGGCUGCUGCCAUGUCGCGCCAUUGUCUUUGGCCUCUGAUGGUCCCGUGCUCUCGGAGAUGAAGUCCGCCCAUGCGUGCGACAGCACGGUGCCAGUGGACGCCCUCACAAAGAACGGUGUCCGUCUCUGGGUUCCGGAGCAAAAGGAGUGGUUUGAAGUGUCGAUGAACGGCUUCCUCUACGCAAUCCAGGGCGGCGGCGGCGAGCACGGAAGCUCGUCCACAUCCUUUCACCGGCCGACAGCCGGCCCCGUCCAUCUCGAGUCGUUUGUAUCCCAUGGCUGCAUCAUUGACCUCGGCGGCGUCCAGCUGCAAUUCCUCACAAAGCUCGCACGCCGCAAACCGUCGUUGGCGCCACCGCCAUUGCAGCCAUCGCUCGUCGCCCAGCUCGAGUCGCUGCAUGUGCAGUGCCCCGUGCAGCUCAUGCCGUUGCGUUUCCACGCCGACUGCCAAUCGAGCGAGACAGCGCACGUCUUUCCUGCGUGCGGCCACGUGUUUGGCUACGACGCGCGCAUUGCACUCGGGAAGGCGUGUCCCAUGUGCCGCACGCCCGGUGGCAUGGUGCUUCUCAAGCUCACGUCCGGAAACGGCGCCAAGUUGCACCAAGCGGACGAGCGCAACUGCGUCCCUGACUGCGUCUUCAACCCGUGCGGCCACGCUGUCGGCCUCAAGUGUGCGACGCAGUACGCAUCGAUUCGAAUGCCCAACGGCAAGUCGAUCUGCCCCAUCUGCGCCGUGGCCUUGGAUCCGAUCCAGCCUUUUUCCAAACUCUUUUGGCACACGGACGACGACGAUGAGCAUGAUGCUGAUGCUGGUGCGAAUGAGAUCCAGGACGUGGCCGCUGCGUGA